UCUAAUUUGCUAGUUGUAGUAGAGUAGUAGCAUCAUCAAGUUUUGUGGGCGAGUCUUUAUCGUCAUCAUGUUGUAUUUCUGUAUAACUUUUUGAUUUAAAAUCAUAGGUGUUAAUCUGCAGUGUUUCUUUCAAUAAUGCAAUAGUUUCAUUAAGUUGUUAAUAAGUUCUAAACAACAAUGGUGACAUUCUAAUUGGUUUACUACAUUUAACUAAGGUGCUGUAAAUCAAGGUUCUACAAUGUCUCACUUUAAAAUGUCAUACCAGGACUUCAUUCAAAGUUCAUUUUCUCCUUUAGUGGCUGUGAUGUGUAGUCCUUUAGUUGAUCAAAUAUGCAAGAAAAACAAUUUAUCAUUUACUGAAAUGAUUCAGCCAUUUUGCAAACUUAACUCUGAGGCGUCCUUUAGAGAUCCAUCAGGGGUAAUGAUCUCCAUUAAAAAUCUCAGAAUAAAUGUUUCUGAUGUGAACUCUAGACCUCCUCAACCUACAAUGGCAAGGAAAUUUCUGAAUGAAUCAGUUAGCUGCCAUAUAAAUGACAGAACCACCACUUUAGAUGUUGGUGGUAUUAACCUCCAAGUACCUGUAUCAGUGCCAUGGUUUGAAGCUUGGCGUGACACUUUUCUCCAAGUGCAGUUCCCCUCGGACCACGAGUUCACAAAACAUUACGUGGCUUGUAUGCUGGUUGUAAGCUCGAGAGAGACCAGUCCGCUGGACAUGUUCGUACAGAUGGGCUCCCAGUUACAGCAGAUGCAGACUAUCUCCCCUGCCAAGUUGCCCAAGUGGUUCAGUCCGGCUGUACUGAGGUACCACAUCCUGCUGCACGACAACACUGAGGGAGACACACCGUUAGCUGAAAGCUUAUUUGAAACUAUGAAAACUACAUAUGGUGUGAACAAUGUUUUCUUCCUGAGUAUCAACUCCCAGCAAGCAUCUACUUCGGAGACGCAUAUGCCCGAUCCGUGGAGUCAAUUUCUAACCAGACAACUACAAUCUCAGGAUGUCAACGAAGCAGACUUGGAGUUAGCCCGGAACCAUUUAGAAGGGCUAAAUAUUGUGGAGACUGCACAGGAGGCGGGGGAGUCCACUCCCACCACCCCCAUAAUAAUGCAUCCUCUCAGUCCUGUCUCAGACAGCAACAGUGCUUUCGACAAGAGCAUUGCGGUUGAUGGAGUGAUGACCAACAGCUGGUCGAGCAGCACCACGAGCACGGUGCAUGGCAGCUGUCUCACAGCGGACGAUGUGGAAAAACUGCGAGAACUGGUUACCUGUUUCUGUCUCAGCUGUCUCGUGCCCCACGUGGAACAGCAGAUACAGCAUCUCACGGAACUGAUCUCAAAUAAAAAGGGAAUGAGCAGAUCUUUUCUGAGUGCUACCAAACGAUGGUUUGGUAGCAAGCCUGGAGUACCCAACACACCAACACCUACUAUCACAUACACAACUGACUCGACUGAGUUACAACUGCGAAGGCUGGGUGACCUGUGCUUCAUGUUUGGAGCGUAUUCACUGGCCUUCACAGCGUACCAUGCAGCCAAGCGGGACUUCAAUGCUGAUGGUGCGUGGCUGUAUUAUGCAGGUGCACUGGAGAUGGCUGCACUGUCGUUGUUUAUGCAGGCCGCGGAUUCUACCAAGAAGGCCCACGACUAUGCGGAAGAAAGUAUAAUGACGUACUUAAAUUCCUGCAGGUACGGUUACAUACAAUAUGCUUCCUUGUUAAUAUUAAGUUAAGCUCCAUUUUACCGU